UCAGGAUGAGUAUCACAGUUUUGGCAAUUGGUUGGUUAAUUGGGCCAGUUUUGAAAAUUGUGUUUUGUUUCCCUAUCCUUGUUAUUGCUGCAAAACUACAGCAAUUGGAAGAAAGUCUGAAAUUCAUAUGCCCUUUUUCAUAUAUUGCUGAGGAACUGACAUGCAACAUUAAUUUUUGAUCAAAUUUCUUGGUUUUGAUUUGUGUUUCCAAACGUCUGUACUGUAUUUCUGUUGCUGGCUUUGUUGAAUUUGACUGUUAAUUUAUAAAAUUUAGAUUUUUUCAUGACAUGAAAGAGUUGUGUUGUAUAGAUUGUUAGGUGAUUUUGCUAAGCAAUGUGCUUGCUCCCGCCUGAAUAUUUGAUUCAGCUUCUCUGUUAGUUAAACGUAUACAAUCUUUUCCAGCAAUAUAUACCAUCUUUUUCAGCAGCAGGUGGUAGGGUUCGCUACUCUUAAUAUCUAUUACAAAUAAAAGCUUUUGAGAAUCUCCCAGAUCUUGUUGUGUAUAAUGGAGGGACAAUGGUCCAUUACCUCCUUUCUAGGUUUCUGGCUUUCUUUUGUGCUCUAUUUUCAAUUUAGGCAAAGUGCUUUGCCCAACCAGAUUAUGAGCGUCUGAGUUACUUUCCUUCAAAGUGUUUUCCAAUCUGAUUUAGCUCAGCAGGAGCCUUUAUUCACAGUUGUUUUUAUUUUUUGGUUGGGUAACAGAAAACUAAGAUAUCCCUAAAGCUGAAUAGCGUUUAUGAAAUGUUUUGUUCUAAUUGUUUGACAUUCAGUGUUACCACUGUUCUUAUUGCUUUUUCUGGUUAAUUGCAUUGUUUUUGGGAUUUGCUUUCUAAUUCAAGCCUCUUGGAUUAUAACCAAUUGCAUUUUCUGGUUAAUUGCAUUGUUUUUGGGAUUUGCUCUCUAAUUCAAGCCUCUUGGAUUAUAACCAUUUGCAUUCGUGGUUCCUACUUGUCAUUGAUGUCUUGAUAUUGCUUAUGAAAUCCUGUUAACUAGUUUAUCUUUUCCAAAGUUUUUCUUGGAAUACUCUUGAUUGUUCUGGUUGAUGAUGCAUUACUUGUUGGGUUAGGAAUUGAAUUGAUCCAUUUGGUUUUUCCAAAAUUAUAUUUGGGUCUGUUGCAAUGGGGCAGUUUGUAUAUUCUGCCUGACUGCCUCCUGUUUGUUACAUCUGUACAGUUGGCGUGUAUCUUAGAAGCCAACAAAUUGAUCAUAUUCAACAUUAAAUGUGGGAAUUUAAUCGGUAGCUCUAUUAUUUUAGGACUUCUUCUGACGAAACUAUGAUUAUGUAUCCCUUUCAAAAAAAGAGAAAAAAAAAACUAUUAUUAUGUACCCAAUAAUUUGAUAUCAGUAAAUCCCUCAUAAACUCGGGCUAGUCUAAAGAUGAAAAUGGGAGUAUAAAUAAAUAAGUAAUCCCUCACAAAAUAACAGAUUGAUGUCUCUGUUUGAUUUGGUACAGCGGUAUGGGGUUUCAGUGUUCUGUGUUCUGAGUUGCAGUUCAGUGAGGAGUAAGAGCAUUUUCUUGUUCUUCCAUGGGAUCUUCCGGACUUGGUCUUUUGGUUCUUUCACAGUUGGAAAAGGACACAGAACACUGAAACCCAAAGUGUUUGAGGAAAAGAACACAGAACAUCUUGAUCAAUUUGUGGAAAAGAAGAGUUCUCAAAAGGGUAUCAGACAGAUAAGAAUAAAAAGAGGAAAUGGCUGAAAUGUGAAAACCAAGUGUAAAAUGUAAAAAUGGAUAGGAGGAGGACAUUCCUUCAUCUGAAAAAUCCAGCAAACCAACUUCGUAUUCCAGGGUUUCUGCACAAUAUCUGCCCGUGUAUUCUACAGUUUUGUUAUUGGUCAAGGGUUGAGACUUGAGGUUUGAUUAAAUUUUUUCUUCUCAAAAAAAAAAAAGGGUUGACUUGAAAGCAGCACCCUUUAAUUCCAAAAAAAAAAAAAAGGAAAAAAAAGAGCAAACUAACUUUGUUUUUGUAAUCACUAAUCAGGGAUUAGAGGGGGGUUAAUAAUAUUUCCUUAAGUCCACGCGGAACACUUUAACUGGUUUUCAGUUCUGUAUAUAAGGGACGUAGCGUAAUCCAAUCCCACAUACAAAAAUGAAAAACCCUUGGCUGACUUCUGUUCUGACUCGUAGAGGAAAGUUCGUUUUGUCUUAAAAGAGCCGUCGUUUCUUUAUCUUCCAGCUGCAAAUUAAAACCUCCAGAAUCUUACAGACCAAAACUUGUUUGAGACAGUAUGAAUAAAGAAGAAGCAAAGCAUACAUCUUUUACUAUUCCAAUUUCAACGUGAUCGUAAGCCAUCCUGGGUUAAAACCCAGUUUGAACUUGUUAAACUCUGAAGCAAGAUCAUCGAGCCAUUCGUGGCAUCCAAUCAUGACUACGGAUACUACUGUUCUAAGGUAUUGGUGGAACUGGAGGUUCUUGAUCAGUGCAAUAUUUAUAUUGUCUAGUAUGGUUCUAGCCGCAGUUCUUAUAUGGAAAUAUGAAGGCUGCAAAAAAUCCAGAAGGGGAAGAAGAGAAAAUCAGCGAGAAACAGUAGGAUCUCUAUUUGAGGGUGAAGCCUGGAGGACAUCUUUCAAAUUAAUUCAUCCCACUUGGCUUCUUGCUUAUAGAGUUGUUGCUUUUGUUUUGCUUCUGUCCUUGAUAGUUACCAAUUUUGUUCUUGAUGGAGCUGGCAUACUUUACUUCUAUACUCAGUGGACAUUUUGUUUGGUCACAAUCUAUUUUGGGCUUGGAUCUUCACUCUCCAUUUAUGGAUGCUACAAAUACCGCAAUAGAGUUGGUGAGGAUGCAGCUGAUCGUGUGAGACAUGAAGAACGAGGUAGUACUUAUGUUGCUCCAACACUUGGCAAAAAUGCAGAUACAUACAACUCAUCUAAAAGCUUCACCGACAAAGAAUGUCCCUCCCACAAAGGCGCUGGUCUAAUUGUUUAUAUAUUUCAAGUCAUUUAUCAGAUGUGUGGGGGUGCUGUGGUGCUCACUGAUGUGGUAUUUUGGCUCAUUCUGUAUCCAUUUCUAACAAGCAAAGAUUACAAACUGGACUUUAUGAUGGCCAGUAUGCACUCAUUCAAUCUUGUUUUCCUCCUUGGUGAGACAACUUUGAAUAGCUUGAUGAUGGCCAGUAUGCACUCAUUCAAUCUUGUUUUCCUCCUUGGUGAGACAACUUUGAAUAGCUUGCGGUUUCCAUUGUUUCGAAUCUCAUAUUUUGUGCUAUGGACGGGAGUAUUCGUGAUUUUCCAAUGGAUAAUCCACGCUUGUAAAAACAUGUGGUGGCCUUAUCCAUUUCUCGACUUGUCAUCCUCAUAUGCACCCUUAUGGUAUCUUGGGGUUGGAGUGAUGCAUAUCCCAUGCUACGGUAUCUUUGCUUUAAUUAUUUGGAUGAAGCAGUUGUGGUUCUCAAGAUCAUUACCGGAGUCUUUUCAGGGUGAGAGGUAAUACGCUGUGUUCAUUGAAUCUCAAGACUUCAUACUGUGCCACCAACCCGGCACAAUCAUUAGAUAUAAAAGAACCAUUAGUGAUAUCAUUUUUUGGCCUAGACAUAGAAGAAAAAUAAUUUGUUCAGGAUCCCUAUCAUUAUUAACUGUACAUGCAUGAUCAGUAUUCUUUGGAGGGAGGCUAUAGCAUCCCCAGUUACAGAUCAA